AUAACUACGAUUCAAACCGAUGACUGUUUGAUUUAAAUCACUUUGUAGAAUUAAUUAUAAGUAUUUAUUUUCAGGCAAUGGAAAAUCAAACUAAUUCAGAUACUUUGAAUCUGCCAGCAAAUGCAUCGUCUAUCAGAGAAAAUAUUACAGAUACUUUCAGCUGCGAGAACCGAACCUACGGCUACUACGCUGACGUGGACAACGAAUGCCAAGUGUUCCACGUGUGCUUGCCCACGCAGACGCCGUCAGGGCGCAGCAUCACGUAUCGAUGGAGCUUUAUCUGCCCUAACGAGACUGUCUUCAACCAGGAAGUCCUCGUUUGCACAAGACCAAGAGACGCAAUCGAUUGCGCAGAUUCACCAAAUUACUACGAUUUAAAUAUGGAAAUUGGUAAAGAAACAAAUGAUACAAAAACUGAAACUAAUGACAAAGAAGACACAAAUACAGAAAACAUGAACACAGAGACUAAUAAAAACACAGAAAUGGUUAACCAACAAACUACCAAGGAAAGAAAUAGAGAAAGAAUAAAACAACAAAGAAGAAAACCAGCUAAUAAAAGAAAACAAAAUUUAAUAACACAAAGUCUUUUACAAGAAGUCGUUAAAGAAGUUGAAAAAGAAGAUUUAGCAGACAAAUCUACCGAGAUACCGUAUAUGAAUCCGGAAAUAAUUGAAAUUGAACCUAGAAUAGAAGAUGUUAAUGACGAAGUUCCAGUGGCAAUUACUGAAGAGGAUUUCGAAAACGCCAGGCUUUUUGCAGAAAGGAGUUUGAAGACGAAAAGCAGAAAGUUAAAAAGAGGUUUAUUUAGGUUUAAAGCUGACGUGUAGGUUAAGAACCUUAGAAUAUUUACAAAAAAUGCAAUAAUAAAGAUAAAAGCAGCGUU